AUGCGGAAUGUAGCUAUAAUUGGUGGUGGUGUCAGUGGAUUAAUAUGUAUCAAAUGUUGUUUAGAUGGUGGUCUAUUGCCAACAUGUUAUGAAAUGACAAAUGAUAUAGGUGGUCUUUGGAAUUACGAUGCCAAUGCAAUUGAUGGUAAAGCCAGUGUAAUGAAAUCAACUGUUAUUAAUACAUCCAAAGAAUUUAUGGCAUUUAGUGAUUAUCCUCCACCAAUUGAAUAUCCGAAUUACAUGCAUAAUACUAAAUUAUUAGAAUACUUUCGUAGGUAUACAACACAUUUUAAUCUUAUGAAAUAUAUUCGAUUUCGACGACGUGUGACACGUGUUCAACCUGCUGAUGAUUAUGAACAAACAGGUUGUUGGUUAAUAUAUAGUAUGGAUGCAGAACAGAAAGAUAAAGACAUGAUAGGUAAUGAAACAUGUGAAAAGUAUGAUGCUGUUAUGUUAGCAACCGGACAUCAUGCUCAUCCAAGAUGGGCUAAUUUCCAUGGAUUAGAAAAUUUUAAAGGCAUGUAUUCUGAUAAUUUAGUAUUUGUAACAAGUGGUCGAAAAAUUCAUAGUUGGCAAUAUAAGACUUCGCAUGGUUUUGAAGAUAAAAAUGUACUUGUUAUUGGUAUUGGUAAUUCGGGUGGAGAUUUAGUUGUUGAAUUAGGUCGUGUAGCGAAACAGGUUUAUUUGAGUACUCGUCGUGGUACAUGGGUAUUGAAUCGUGUUGGACCUAAUGGAUGGCCAUUUGAUUUGUUAAUGUCAAAUGAAAUUAUUAGUGCAGUUCAAAAAUAUUUUCCUUCAUUAACGAAUUGGCUUAUGGAAAGGGAUAUGAACCAAAAAUUUAAUCAUGAAAUUUAUGGUCUUAAACCAAAUCAUCGUCCUUUAGAACAACAUCCAUUUAUAAACGAUGACUUAGCUAAUAGAAUCUUAUGUGGUUCUGUUAUAAUUAAACCUGAUGUUAAAGAAUUUACAGCUGAUGGUCAUGGUGUUGUAUUCAGUGAUGGUUCUAAAGUUGAUCAUAUUGAUUGUAUUCUUAUGGCAACAGGUUUUAAUAUUGCAUUUCCAUAUUUAGACGAAAAAAUCUUAACUGUUAAAGAUAAUAGAAUUCGACUUUAUAAAUAUGUUUGGCCAUCUCAUAUGACUCAUCCAACACUUGCUGUUAUGGGUCUUAUACAACCAUGGGGUGCUAUUAAUCCUAUAACAGAACUUCAAGCACGUUGGGUUGUUCGAGUAUUUAAUGGUGAAUUAAAAUUAUCUUCAUGUUUAAAAAUGGAUGAAGAUAUUGAUGAGAAAAUUCAUCAAAUGUCACAACGAUACGUUGCAUCAUCACGACAUACUGUACAAGUUGAUUAUUUAGAUUAUUGUAAUGAAAUAGCUAAACAAGUUGGUUGUCGACCAAAUAUAUUGAAUUUUUUAAUAAAGGAUUUUAAACUUGGUUGGCAUUUACUAUUUGGGUCAUGUACACCAUAUAGAUAUCGUUUAGAAGGUCCUAAUCAAUGGGAUGGUGCUCGACAAGCUAUUUUGACACAAAAUGAAAGAGUUAAAUAUCCAUUACGAGUCAGUCGUAAACAAGAACAAAAUCAACAAAAAAAAUUUGCAAUAAAUUGGACACCAAUGUUUUCAAUCGUUUUUUUUAUACUAAUAUUCUUCAUUAUUUUUCAAUGUUUUAUGUAA